AUGUACAGCAUGCGCGUGGAUGAUGGAAAAGAAGAAAAAACAAAGAAGCCAGCAGACAGCAGCUCUUUGAACAAAAAAAUACUCUCUAUGCAGAUAGACAAGAAGGAGACGCAGAAACACAUAGUCGAGUAUUUUUCUGAAUACGGAUACCACAGGGCUUUCUGCAGCUUCAAAAAAGAACUCGAUCUAGACGCACAGCCCGCCCCUUUGCUCCUGGAGCGAGAUGAAAUUCGCAAUUUUUCAAAUGAGGGCAGUUUUUUGCAGAUUAUAGAAACGGUCAAAAACGCGAUACCCUGCAUAUUUUUGGACCACCCCAACCUCAUUUUCUCUCUUUUGGAGCAGGACAUCCUUGAAGACCUGUACAUCCGCGUGGGCUCAGAGAGCUCUGCGCUGCACAGAGUUGAAAAAGAGCUCACGCCGAUUGUGCUGGAAAACUCUGCGCUCACUCAGAGUCUCGAGAAUUUGGUGUCGUCCAUUGUGUUCUCGCAGUCUUCGCAGGAGGCCGUGGUGGCAAACAGAGAGGCAGUGUUUAUGCAGAUAAACAAAGCAAUGCUUUUGCACCUAGACUACAUCAUGAAAGACUCCAUAAAACUGCUCCUUGACGAUGUGGAGACCGUCUCAAAACAGCCCGAGAUUCAGACAAUAAUAAAAAGUUGUGCAACCCUUGAAAGGGCCAUAAAGUCCCUGUGCAGGAGCUGA